UAAAUCAUUAUUUCGCGCAGUUUGUUUAUCGUAUAUACCACUGGCCCGAUUCAGCCGGCAAUAUAACGAUUGCGAGGCAUAAGCGAGUAGGUGGCAGCCAGCAGCAUACAGUAUGCGGGCGUGCGGGCACAUAGUCAAGCUUUAUAGAGAACACGUGCAAACAUCAGGUUUUACGAGAGCUGGCAAAACAGAAAUGCGAUUUUAUAUUUCACUUAUUAUGAGAUGUUAAUGCGCAAUAUGCAAAUUAUGUUUCUUAGUAUUUCAUCAUCAAAAGUAAAAUAUGUGUUAAAUGCAAUACAGUUCAGAACAAUAUACGUUAACAGGAAAGUGACUAUAACUUCCCAUUUUAAUGAAAUCGUUAAAUUUUGUGGCGUGUGUUCUUUUAUGUGUCGGGAAUAAAGAGUAGAUAACAGAAUCGCAAACGACUGAGUUGAAUCUUUGUGUACAUUCGGUGUAGUGAGCGUUAUCUCUUAGCACAUAGUCAUAGCAUUGGUCAUUUAGAUUAGAAUAUAAAUGCUUAUACUUCUAUUGAUUAGUAAAAACAUAUUUGUUUAAGUUAUGUUUCUUACAGAUAUUGGAAAUGCCUGAACUAUUUACAAGUUCCAGUUAACACUAAUAAUUUGCCCUUACAUGAGGAAAGGGUAAGAUUCGAACCCGGGACCUUAGAAUGUGACACACGAUGCAUAGAAGAACAAACAACUCAUUCGGGUACACUGGAGUGCCCGUGAAACCGGAACACCGACGACCAACUCAAAACAUAAACCGAACAAGUUCAGGACAUCGGACACAUGGGGUGCAUGGACAGAACGGUCAGCGGCGCAAAUUCCCGACAAAUUAUUACGGAGUUCUUCGGCGAGACCCGCCCCCAUUGCCACAGGGGUUAGGUAAAAGUUCGAAUGGAGACGACGAAGUAGGGGCGAGGAAAAAGGAAUUCCCCGGACUCGGGAAGGUAAAAAUUAUGCUGCGGGUGAAUCGGGUUCACGGCCAAUCUUCGAAACAAGAAUUUAUUCGCGUGGAAGGGAACAAGAAACACGUGAGCGUUUUCGUCCCCGAGGAGUUUUCGAAACAACCUAAUGCUCGGUUGGCACCGAAAGUUUACGCCUUCGAUUCAAUUUUUACGGAGCAAUCGUCACAGAGCGAGAUAUGCAAGACUAGUUUGGUCGACGUCAUCCAGUCAGUUUUACAAGGCGCUGAUGGAACUGUAUUCUGUUACGGACAAGCCAACCUCGGAAAAACUUACGCCCUUCUUGGUGGCGAUGACGACAAAUCAAAUCUCGGAUUGCUCCCUUGCGCCAUCAGCUGGCUGUAUCGCGCCAUGCAGGGGACGAAGAAAGUAAACAGAUGUUCCGUCAAAGUUUCCGCCAUCGAAGUUUACGGGAGGUCGGAAAAACUUCGGGAUUUGUUGGCCGGUUAUUGCGAAGAUGGUCCCUCCAACGCCCUUGCUAUUACAGAAGACCCUUUACUUGGGACGAAGCUUCAGAACCAGUGUGAAAUCCAAGCAGAAACAGCUGAAAGGGCUGCGUAUUUAUUGGACGCUGCUUUGGCAUCUAGGAGUUGCGCCGGGUCAAGGAAUACUUCGGAAGCUCGAAAGCAUUCGCAUGUUGUGUACACCCUACAUAUGUAUCAUCAUAGGUCGGAAAACAACGACGGUAGAUGUGGCGACAGAAGUCGUCUUCACUUCGUAGAUCUUGGAAGCUGCGACAAAACUUUGAUCAAAACUCCGAACGCUCUCGCCUUGUCGUUGACGUCACUCGGUCACGUGAUCAUGUCUAUACUCAACAACUCUAAGCACGUCCCGUUCAGGGACAGCAAACUCACUUGCGUGUUGAAAGAAACACUCGCAAACGUCAACUGUCGCGUCGUCAUGCUUGCUCACGUGUCUAGUGACGUCACACAGUACUCUGACACGUUGUCCACCAUACAACUCGCGUCAAGGAUUCACAGAGUUAUUAAAAAGAAGACGAAAUCCAGCAUGGCAGGUCCAGGAGGUUCGAGUUCUCACUUACGCUCUAAAUAUCUCCGGCAGAAGUCACGUGACAGCGAAAGCGUUGGUUCAAGCUCCGGGAUGGAAUGUACUUCUGGGAGCGAGCUUUCAUGCGAUACCGUGGUCUAUGUGAACAAGAAUGGGGUCCCUAUGAGUGAUCGGGAGUUGACGGAUAACGAAGGCCCGCCUGUUUCACUACCUGUACAACCAAGGGGAAGGUGUCCAACUGUUUCGAGCCCACUCAGCGAUAACGAGAUGGUUUAUAACUUGGGUGAUGCGGAGGUUAGGCCUGUGAAGGGGUGUGUAAGAGGGAUGGGCGGGGAUGGCCAGGCGAUGGGAUGCGUUCAAUCUCCUGGAAGCGAAGGGGGUAGGUCUAAGAUCCCUUCCCGUGUGAAAAAUUGCAAGAGUAAACUGCCAAGACAUAAUUCGAACCUCGUUAAAACGGACACGAUAGAGUCACAUAAGCAGAGACGAACCGAAUGCAUUGCCGCUAGAGGAAUUCAUUCUCGAAGCUCAACAGCAGGGUCGGAACACCAGCACGCUCCUAGCAGGGAAAAUCAUUCUCAAAGCAAGCUACAAAACCCAGGAGUCCAUCCGGUGACGUCAGACGUUAAGUCUGUUUCGAAACCGAACAAACCUCCUCGGUCGAACAGCUCCAGUUUGGAUAAACGCAAAACAGCAAAGUCGGCUGGUGAUGUUUCUCUUGGCCAUCCUCACAAGCCGAGUACUCGGUUAACGAAGCCGAAACAGAGUCUAGAUUAUUCCAAUGGAAUCCAGCAAUCUCGGCCGAGUUCUGCACAGUCAAGAAGCAGCUGCAGGAAAACAGCGCCCCCUCCACCAAAGCGAUCGUCUAGCGUCGCUGCUUCCAGAGAGCGAAGGAAUAACGAACAAGUAAAACACAGUUCGAGACAGGAAAGUAAAAAUGAGAAUCAUAAUUCGAAAGUUCCGUUGCAAUCAAAACUUGUGGCACCUCGAACUCGUAUUGGGGCAACUGACGGGAAAAACUCUAUCGGUAAAUGUAGGAUAGCUUCUCAAAGUAGCAAGAAGAGUAACAUUCACACGUAUGAGAAUGUUCACAUACCGGCAUUCCCCAACGCACAAGAUGAAAGGCCGGAACCUGUAGGCUGUGAUGAAGAAACAGCUCUGGCAAGUAGCUGUCUUGGUCGGAAAGCCGAAUCGAAGAAAAUGGAGAAAGAACAAAACAGUAAGCGUUCCGAGAGCAUGUAUGUGAACCUGGAUGAUGGAGAUUGGGAGUUUUCGGACGAAGAUCAUGAAAAUUCAAAGGUUGUAGACGUUAACUUCUACUGUUUAACCUUCACGUCAAGGAAUCCACUCGUCCCCCUUUCCAGGAGAAGAUUUUCCCAGCAGAUUGAACAAAAUCGAAGAAAGUCGGAUGCGAGCGACGGACAGUCUAUUGAGAUCGACUCGGAGUAUGAAACGCAGAAGAAAGAGGACGCUGAGAAGAUCAUUGAAGAUGCGAGGAAGUUUGCGUUGAAUCUGGAGGAGAUGCCUCUCACAGCGAAAGCUAAGAGAAGCGAGGAUGACUUCUCUUUAAAAGAGAAACCAUCAGAAGACGACCGCAACAUGCAAAUCGCCGCGUGGUGUCAGCAAGGAGACGGCGAUUACUCUGACGUGGAUGACGAUAACGAAUUGGGUGAUGACGUAUUUACCGAGUCGGAAAUCAAGAAAAUGCCGAAGUUGGAAUGUUCGUAUACACACAAUGAUAGAUCACCUAUACCGAUGUCUACGUUUCAUCCUUUUAAUCAAACACCAGCUCAUGUUUCACGGUCCGGAUCUCAGGCAAGCGACAUCGAACACAGGAGAGUUGUUUAUGAUUCCAACAGCCUUGAGAUGUCUUACUUAGAUACAAGGCAGUGGCUCGCUGAUAGUCCUGAAUUGCGCAAGACCUCGUACGAGUCACCGAGCCGAAGGCUUACACCAAAGAAACAGAUAGCCACUGGAGCAUCUAAGAAGUCUGUCUUAAUCACCAAGUCUACGUCGCAAGAGGGCGCAAGACUGACGUUGAUCAAAAAAAAGAAAGGUGGUGGGUCGACACUGGAGCUGAUGAUUACGGACGAAGAACCAAAUCCGUUAACGGACCGAGAGCAUUUGGUGAAUUGCAACCCAAGCAAUGCAGAGGUCAGAGUAUUGGAAGAAACAAACAAAUUGAAACGUUCUCGGUGGUCAGGGCUUCGAAAACUGAGCAUGAAGUCCACAAGCAAAUCCCCAAAGAAAACAAGCGCUGGUAAGAGCUUCGUGUCAAAGAUAUUGACGCCUAAGUUAAGACGAAGUGGUCACAGUAAACAAGGCAUACAAGUCAGGUAA